UUCAUUCAUUUAGUAGACAGAAUAUUCAUUACAACACAACAUUCCUCAAACGUGGUUGUAAUGCUAUAUAAAGAGACUUUGUGUGUUGUUUUAUUUUUUGUCGCAAAACUCAUAUUUUAAAAUUGUUGUCGUACUUAGGAAUCUAAUGUUAAUAUUUGCUGUGCUUAACCGAUUGUGAUUUUAGUGUAAAUUGUUCGACAAAUCAAUUGAAAUUGAUGUAAAAAUAAAAAAGUUGAAUCAAAAGUUUUGGUGAAAUCAUUCGAAUCAGAAAUCAUUUUUUUUUGUUGUUUAUUUGUCUGAUUUGUAUGUUGUAGACAGUGCUGAGAGAGCGAUGAGCGAGAAAUCGUUUGAAAUGUUAUAAACUGGACGGUUUUUUUUUUAAUUAAUUUUCGAUAAGCGAAACUGUGCACGACUUUUGUGUGACUGAAAAGACUAUAAUUUUAUCGCAAAAAUAAAAAUGAUUAUCGUCGCACAACAUAUUUUAUAGAAGGCGAAUGUGUAUGGACACUGUAAUCAAUUUAAUAAUAAAAAAUGCACACCUAUCGAUACGAAGUCAUCGAAUACAAAUAAUUUUAUUUUUAAACUCUCGGAUUGUUUGAUUUUUAGGUUACCACAAUGAAAUUCGCCGAACAUUUAUCCGCGCACAUAACACCAGAAUGGAGGAAGCAGUACAUCAACUACGAGGAAAUGAAAGCUAUGUUGUACGUCGCUGUCGAAGAAGCCCCGUCAGUCGACAGCGUGGAAGAAGAGGUGCUGAAGCGACACUUUGCCAAUUUUGACGAGAGUUUUUUCCAUUAUUGCGAACAAGAAUUGAAAAAGAUCAACACAUUCUACUCGGAAAAAAUGGCCGAAGCGACUCGCAAAUAUGCGGCCCUAUCCACGGAACUGAAGGAAGCGAUUGAGGCGUCACAAAAGUCGACCAAGAAAUCCGUUCAAAAAGCCGGCAUACCGACACGUAAAGCACAAGAGCUGAAAUUGGCAUUUAGCGAAUUCUACCUGAGUUUGAUCUUACUGCAAAACUAUCAAAAUUUGAAUCACACCGGAUUCAGAAAGAUAUUGAAAAAGCACGACAAACUGCUGCGCGUCGAAUAUGGUGCCAAGUGGCGAAAGGAGCACGUCGAAACAUCUCAUUUUUUCAUCAACAAAGACAUUGAUCGAAUUAUCAAUGAAACGGAAACGGCCGUUACGACUGAAUUGGAAGGCGGCGACCGGCAACGAGCAAUGAAACGUUUACGCGUACCACCGUUAGGCGAACAGCAAAGUCCGUGGACCACAUUCAAAGUUGGACUGUUCUCGGGCAGUUUUAUUGUUCUAUUCAUUGCCGUUGUCUUAGCUGCUAUAUUUCAUGAAAUUUCUGCGGAAAAUCUUAAGGUCGCAUUUCGGCUGUAUCGCGGACCGUUACUUAUCAUCGAAUUUAUAUUCUUGAUCGGCAUCAACGUGUACGGUUGGCGUUCAUCGGGCGUAAAUCAUGUACUGAUCUUUGAGCUCGAUCCACGAAAUCAUUUGUCCGAGCAACAUUUGAUGGAAUUGUCGGCAAUAUUCGGUGUGAUUUGGACUCUUAGUUUAUUAAGUUUUUUAUUUAGUAGCAGUCUGAGUAUACCACCGUAUGUUAAUCCGCUGGCGUUAACAGUGUUGAUGUUCAUAUUUUUAUUGAAUCCAUUUAAGGUGUUUCGACACGAUGCACGAUUUUGGUUGCUACGAAUAAGUGGCCGUAUGAUCGCCGCGCCAUUUUUUCAUGUCGGAUUCGCUGAUUUCUGGCUGGCCGAUCAAUUGAACUCACUUGUGACGGCAUUGCUAGACUUUCAAUUUUUGACUUGUUUCUACUUCACGAAUGGCGAUUGGUUGAAUGCACAAGAUCCCAGGCAAUGCAUGGAAAAUGAUUUCAUCAUUCGACCGAUUGUAAAUUGUCUUCCGGCGUGGUUUCGCUUUGCGCAGUGUUUGCGACGUUAUCGUGAUUCCAAGGAAAUGUUUCCCCAUUUGGUGAAUGCCGGUAAAUAUUCGACCACAUUUCUGGUCGUUAUAUUUGCCACACUGCGCAACGUUUACAAAGCUGACUACGAGAACACAUUCGAUAAUCCAUUCACCAUACUGUGGAUAUUGAGCUCAGUGAUAUCGUCCUGUUACGCGUACACAUGGGACAUUAAAAUGGAUUGGGGCUUAUUCGACAAAAAUGCAAACGAAAAUAAAUUCUUGCGAGAAGAAAUCGUUUACUCGUCAACGUUUUUCUAUUACUUUGCUAUCAUCGAAGAUUUCGUGCUACGAUUCAUCUGGGCGUUAGCGUUCUUUUUAACAGAAUUCAAGUACGUCAGUGGCGACAUAAUGACAUCCAUCGUAGCACCACUGGAAGUGUUCAGACGAUUCGUGUGGAAUUUCUUCCGGCUGGAGAACGAGCACCUGAACAAUUGCGGUAAAUUCAGAGCUGUACGCGACAUUUCCAUUGCUCCGAUCGAUUCGUCCGACCAAACGCUAAUAUUACGGAUGAUGGACGAAGACGAUGGGGUAAUAAAUCGAUAUAACAGCAAGGAAAAUCGACCGAAACCUCGUAAAAAUAAAGAUCCCGAACGUAAGUCGUUGCUACCGAUUCGGACUUCGUUACAGGAUCUGACAAUCGAUAUGACCGAUGCGAAGAGAUUAUAAAAGAUUUUUUUGUUGUUGUUGUUGUUAUAUGAACGGGGGGUUUGUCUUGUGUGACGUAUUGUAGAUUUCAACAUUUCCAUAUUAUUUUAUGAUAAAAAAAAGUGAACAAAGGAAUGAAAGAGAACGAGAGAGAGAGAGAGAGAGAGAGAACCUAAAAAUACCAAAUUUAUGGCCUUAUAU